UCUAGAGAGUGAGAAAAUUCCUUGGAGCUGUAUUUUCUCAUAAAUACACCCUACUCUCAUAACUCUAUCAUGCUCCUUCUCUGCCGAAGCCAAAGAGUUGUGGCAUAGUUGCCAAGUGCAUGGUAAGGCUCACGAAGGCUAGAGUUUUUGUAGAGAAUGAUUGGAUGUGUCACGAUCCAUCAGAGAAGAGUAGACGGCAUAUCACAAUAUAAUAGCAGUUUAUUUCAAUCUAGGUUAAUGGUCCAAGAUUUGGAUGCGAUGAUGGACAUUUUCUUGGCUAAGCACGGUCAGCAGUCGAAGUUUUUGGGGAAAGACCAAGCCGAAGAGAUCAACUACGAGGAAACGAGACUAGAUGUGACCCUUUGGUUGUGUCAGCUUUCCAACUUCUAGUCCUUAUGGGACAUCUCGUAGGAGAUGGAUGCUGAACUCCAGGGAAGAGUUGCCUCAUGUGUGAGACGUCCAAAAACGUUGAUUUGUUGAGGCAGUUUUAAAAAAAUCGGACUGAUGAUAUUUAUCAUAAAUUUAUUUUCCUUUCUGCAUGCCAUUUAUUAAAUGUCAAAAAGGGGAAUGUAUUGUCAAAAAAAUAUUUGGUACAAGAUAGGCAAAUUUCAAUUAAUAUCUUUUUUGUCCCUUUUUUUUUUUUCUUUCUUUAGUUGAAUAUAUUUGUGAUGUUUUAGAUCUUUGCGAGUCUCUUUCUCUCUCUCUGUUUCUUUAAUUUGAUUGUAAUAGAAGAAAAUCAAUUUCUUCGAUAUGCCCGACUUGUAUCUUUCAAAGAGAAUAACGUGAAAUAAAAGAGUUGCGAAAAUAAGGUUCUAAAUCUUUCUUCUUCUGUAUCAAUUGAGUGAGCCAUGUCCCUACAAAACCUCGAUUAGUUUUCUCUGCUGGUUAGGAGAGGUUAUUACUUUUUCAAAAUGGUCGUGACUAGCACGAAUAAUUAUGUAAAAGCUAUCCCUAGAGCUAGAUCUCACCUUUCUCAUCAACUUUGUCUUCAAUCAUUUCUUCUAUAUUUUUCGGAUUAUGAAUCAUGCUCGGUCUAAAUCUUUUAUGGAAAAAAUAAAUAAAUUUGGUUGAUCUAUUUUUUGAAGCUUAAAUAUUGUCAUAGCCCUUCGUUUGCUAUCGUAAAGCUUGGUGUGCUGCUCUCUACUCUUAGUGGUAUGAUCCCACUUUCCACUCUUGAUGGAGGGUUGCCACUUAUGUAAUACUCGGUUUUGGUGUCGGGCCCUCCUCUGUAAUCACCCUCCAGCCAUUAGCCAUCGAGAUGCCUCCUUUGGAUUGCGAGAGUUUAUUAUGGAUUCUUUCUCCUUAAAUUAGAGCAUGCUUAAUAUAAGGUUCUUCAUUGGGAUGACUACAAAAAGGAUAUUUCAGAAUAAGUCUAUAGAAGCAUAGCAAGGUGAACAAAUGCGUCCAUAAGUAAUUAUAGUACCAUGGAUUGAGACAUACCAAAGGGGAUGAUGAGAGAGGAAGAGGAGUAUAAAAUACUUACUCCUUUUGCUAAUUAAAAACUAUUUAAUGAAAUAGCAAGUUUUAAUGACUAGUUCUAAAGCAUCUAGGGUGAUGCAUGACAAAUGCAAAGAAUAAGGAAAGGAGAGAAUACAAAGAUAAAGAGGUUACCUAAAGGAUGAUUACCUAAAGGAUGUUUUCAUGGUCAAGUUUCUCUUGAAUAAGCUGUGUUGUUGAUGCUCUUCUUGUACAUUAUUUUUGGCCAGUUAUAAUUGACAAGAUUAGAUCUUAGAGUUUUCCUACGAUGUUGCUUUGUUGUUUCUUUUAGCUAUUCGUUGCAACUACCCAAGUUUUUUUGAAUCUCUAUAUCUUAAUUAUCUAGGUUAGUGGCCAGAGAUUAAGAUAAACCAUGAUCUCAAUUUAUCUCGAUCGAUACGAAAAAUAGGAAAAUGUGAAGGAAUUGAGAUCUUCUGAGAUCUUUGACCAAUAUUUUCUCGCUAAGAUAUUGAAAUUUUGGCUAAUUCUUACUUUAUCGUUGUAAUUUUUUUUUGAAUAAAAAGAAUUGCCAAUUUCUCUAAAAUAAAAUUCCCUCUCAUGGCAUAAAAUAUUUAUCUUUUAUCCUGCAAAACAUUAAAUAACACCAUCCCUCCAAGGAAAAAGAAGAAGAAGAAGAAAAUCAAUACCAUCUCAUAGAUUAUUUAGUCCAAUAGGAUGCGACCAACAAUGAUGCUUCUACGCCAUUCGUUUUUUUUAAUUUUAAUUUAUGUGUUUGUUGGAACCAGCUUCGUUGCAAAGUCUUAUAGCAAAUACAAUCAUAAGCAUCUGAUGCAACCAAAUCAUGAAGUUAUUGAGAAAAGGGCUGGCAUCUUCCUUUACUAUAUAGGAUGCUACCCAAUCAGCAUCUACCAAAGGCAACAAAUAUCAUUCCACAAAGAAGGAUGGAUGUUAGGGUAGUUUAUCUCAGGGCUAAGUUUUUUUUUUAGUAGAAACUCAGGGCUAAGUCUGAUAUAGCUAUCCUGGAGCCUCCCAAGAUUACCGUAUCAAUCAGCAAAAUAGAGACACCAUAUAUCAGGCGCCCCAACGCGGUCGUCAGCGCAGCCAAAGUCUCAGCCGUGUCAAAUAGUGAAACUCUAAUCGCCGCCACCAGGGACGAAGAAGCUCUGCUGCGCCUGCGCCAUUCGUUUUUCAUGGCGCUCAUAGAGUCGUAUUUAUACAUAAAACACACCUCCUUCCCGUCUUUCCACCCGAUCCCCUCCUUGCCACGAGAAAUUCCAGAAGAAAGCAAUGGCCGUGAGCUCCUCGUCUCCGCUCCUCCAUCUCCUCCGACCGUCGCCCUUCUUCGCGUCUCUUCGCCCCACGGGAGGAAGACCCAAGCGGCGAAUCUUCACUCCAUUCGCUGGGCCAAGCGAGAACACACGGAAGGAGGAGGUCGUCGUCGUCGGCGCUGGCAUCGCCGGCAUCGCCACCGCUCUCUCUCUCCAUAGGCUCGGGGUGCGAUCGGUGGUACUGGAGCAAGGGGACUCGCUCCGGACUGGAGGGACCUCGCUGACGCUCUUCAAGAACGGGUGGCGCGCCUUGGAUGUCAUUGGCGUUGGAGACGAGCUCAGGAGCCAAUUCCUCGGGAUCCAAGGGCUGGUGAUGAGGUCAGAGGAUGGAAAGGAGCUCCGGUCAUUUUCAUUCGAAGAAGAAGCUCCAGGGCAAGAAGUCCGAGCGGUGGAAAGGAGAGUGCUUCUUGAGACUCUUGCUAGUCGGUUGCCACCGAACACGAUAUCUUUCUCAUCAAGGAUGAAAUCUAUUGAAAGACAAGGGAGUGAGGGGACUUUACUGGAGCUUGAUGAUGGCAGCUGCAUACUUGCCAAGAUUGUGAUUGCUUGUGAUGGUGUGCAUUCACCAGUUGCAAAAUGGAUGGGAUUUUCGGAGCCUAACUAUGUUGGACAUUGUGCCUUCCGUGGCCUUGGGCUAUAUCCUGAUGGUCAGCCAUUCAAACCAAAAGUGAACUACUUCUAUGGAAGGGGCCUGCGUGCUGGUUUCGUUCCAGUUUCCUCCACUAAAGUUUAUUGGUUCAUCUGCUUCAAUAGCCCAUCACCCGGACCGAGGACCAGCAAUCCAUAUGUUUUGAAGAAGGAAGCUCUUGAUCUCGUAAGAAGCUGGCCUCAGGAGCUCCUGGAUGUCAUGCAAAAGACCCCAGACAAUGCUGUCAUCAAGACUCCGCUAGUAGACCGGUGGCUGUGGCCUGGCUUCAGUCCUCCACCAUCUGCAAGUGGUGUGGUGGUGGCUGGUGAUGCAUGGCACCCCAUGACACCCAACCUCGGGCAGGGUGCUUGCUGUGCUUUAGAAGAUGCAGUGGUUUUAGCGAGCAAGCUUGGAGGUGUGGUUGGUGGCAGAAGAGAACUGGUAGACCGAGCGCUAAGAGAGUACACCCAACAGAGGUGGGCUCGUGUAUUUCCAUUGACCAUUCGAGCAAACUUUGUUGGAUCUUUGUUGCAGUGGGAAAAUCCAGCCGUCUGUUCAUUUAGGAACAAUAUCAUGAUCCCAAAGUUUGUGAGGCUGGGGCCAUUUUUGGAGCACACAAAUUUUGAGUGUGAGUCGUUGGAACCAGUAGCAUCAACCUAGUCGUACUUUUGGUACAUCCGUGCUUAUAGUCUCCCGUGCUCAACUGGGCAGAGUGCAAGCAAGAAGGUGCAUUCUCUCUGCUAAUAUGUGAUUAGCUAAGUCCACCCAAUAAUUGAUUCCUUGAAUUUAUAAUAGCUGUAGAUACCAUUUUGGAGACUUUCAAUAUACUUUGGGAAUGAAGUAGAUGCUGUAAACAUCAUGUGACGAGAGUAAGAAAGAAACCGAAUUGGAUCUGUAAACGACCCAACGGACCAGGUGAAUCCAUGUCUGCCCUGGGUUUAAGCUGUACUUUGUAAAUUUGACCAUUUAUUAUUUAUCUGAGAUAAGCUAUUCUAAUCCUUCUCUA